AGAGAGAGAGAGAGAGAGAGAGAGAGCAAGCAAUCUGAGCUCAAAUUCAGCAUUAUGAGCACACCAGUCCCCAUUCAGGCUGGGAAAUGAAGGCUCAGACACACACUUCUGAGGAACGCUGCCACACUUCUGAGGAACCCUGCCACACUUCUGAGGAUAUCUCACUUGACUGCAUCUGGGACAACUCGUUUGAGGUCAUGGAGAUCCUGCCCCCUUAACCUGGGGUCAAAACCUCACACUGCGGCUCAUCAGGUUCACACACGCUCAUGUAGGCUGGUGAAAUAACACACUGCUAUUCAUCAGCUCUGUGUAAAUCGUGCAAAACGCCACAAGGCUGACCAGGUAGAGGGACAGAGGGCGAUAACUUGAUUGAAGGUUGCUAAAAGCACGUGGAUUUGACAAUCAACAAACUGGGACUGGACAAACAGAUACUGCGGGAGAACGCUGCUGGAGUAAAGAUCAUGCACUGACAAUCAGGCCUAAUGGAGACCAUCUCAGGAGAGCCAAGUUGGGAUGGAUCUGCCUACACGACGCUUGAGUGGACCAACUUCACAUCAGCUCUCCUCUCUGAGCGUGGUGGCCUCAACAGCUCACAUGGAGGGGGCUCUUAUUUCUGGGUGCUACACAACGGCUCCUCUAGCACCACCCAGGUCCCCCCUCCGGCCAGGGUACGGGACAUGGCUCUGGCCCGUGCUGAGAUAGGUGUCCUGGGCCUAGUCCUGGCGCUCACCACGUUGGGCAACAGUUUUGUGCUGUGGGUUCUGCUCAGGAGGCGCAAGCACAAUGCUCCCAUGCACCUGUUCAUGGUCAACCUCUGUGUGGCUGACCUGGUGGUGGCCUUCUUCCAGGUUCUCCCACAGCUGGUGUGGGACAUCACAGAGAGGUUCCAGGGCCCUGACGCGCUCUGCCGCUCAGUAAAGUACAUGCAGAUUGUAGGCAUGUUUGCAUCCUCCUAUAUGAUAGUGGCUAUGACGGUGGACCGGCAUUACGCCAUCUGCUGCCCCAUGCAGGCCUACAGAGGAGGAGUGGUCUCACGCUGGAACACACCAAUCAUGGUGGCCUGGGGCCUGGCGCUCGUGCUCAGCCUACCACAGGUGUUCAUUUUCUCCAGGUCUGAAGUGGCUCCAGGGGAGUUUGAAUGCUGGGGGCACUUUGCUGAGCCCUGGGGUCUCAAGGCCUAUGUUACCUGGAUGACCCUGGCUGUCUUUGUCCUGCCUGCCUUCAUCAUUACUGUUUGCCAGGUGCGAAUAUUCAGGGAGAUCCAUGACAACAUCUACUUGAAGUCUGAGCGAGUGGUGUCGGCAGACUUGAAGAAAAACCUUGUCUUCUUCUGCUUUCCCAGCCCUAAAAAGCAGGAGGACAGAGAGAGGGGGAGAACGAGAAGGGCAUGCAAACCAAGAGAGGCCAGAGGAGAAUUCCUCCUGAGGAACAAUAACAGCGAAUCUUCACAUUCUCACUGUAACGCUAACAGCUCUCAGUGUGCACCACAGCCAGACUGCUGCGGCCUCCCCUCUCAGGACGACCAGUGUACAUGUGAGCUGAUCACAGGCAGUCCCUCCUACAGUGCUCUGUCUCCCUAUGUGCUGCCUCACACCCACGCACACACUCACACUAAUCACACUAACUCAGCAGCUCUUCAGGACUGCUGUCUGGGCCAGAAGCCUCUCAGUGAGCCUGGCACUGCCUGCUACCAGACAUCUCUGGAUUACUCAGAGCCAUACACUAACCCAUUGGAGCCCCCUACAGAGGUCUCAGACCCAAUCCAUUACCCCUCCUCUUCCUCUACACGCCCUCUGCCUCCACCACCGCCUGGUGUGUCCAGAGCAAUGUCCAAAACAGUGAGGAUGACUCUGGUCAUAGUGCUGGUCUACACUAUGUGUUGGUCGCCUUUUUUCAUAGUACAGCUUUGGGCUGCUUGGGACCCCAACCCACCAAACCAAGGAGUGGCUUUCACCAUCCUGAUGCUGCUGGCCAGUCUGAACUCCUGUACCAACCCCUGGAUCUACACAGCCUUCUCCAGCAGUGUGUCUCGGGAGCUUCUGGCCCUGCUGCGCUGCCACCCUCGAACCACACGCCGGGGGUCCAAUCCUGAAGACUCCAGUGCCAUCCACACCUCCACCACCACCAAGGACAACUUGUGCUGA